AACUAUGUAUCUGGUCGCUCGGGGUACAAUCGCAAAGCCGUGACAUUUCCACGUUGCUAUAAAGUCCGUGAACGCCCCACCCGACCACAUGACCGACCCAGCUCUGUAACGGUAGCACGGAGGCUAACAGGAUUUAGCUAACUCGAGCUACGUUGCGUCGCCGCACUGAGAAAUCCCACAGAGGAAACGACGAGGACGACUCUUCGUUGUGCACUUAAAUUUGUGUAACGUUGCGCUUGAAUCAAACACCAACGGCACAAUGCCAGAACCGGCUGAGAUGAGCGGUCCAGAGGUGGCCAAGACACCAGGAGGCGGGGCACCUGGAAAGGAAGGAAAGGAGCCAGUGGCCAAUGGGCAUGCUGGAGAGGGCACCGACAGCAACCCGUUUGCUGAGUACAUGUGGAUGGAGAAUGAAGAGGAGUAUAACAGACAGGUGGAGGAGGAGCUGUUGGAGCAGGAGUUCUUGGAGCGCUGUUUCCAGGAAAUGCUCGAGGAGGAAGACCAGGAUUGGUUCAUCCCCUCGCGUGACCUCAACAACCAGGGCGUGGGGCAGCUGCAGCAGCAGCUCAACGGCCUUUCGGUCAGCGAUCACCACAGCAACCUGGAGGAAGUGGCGAGGAAGAGCAUCUUGAAUCCCGAAGCAAAGGAGUUUGUCCCAGGGAAGAAAUACUAGGAGUCCCCCUCACCCCCAUGGAGCCUCCACGCGCACACACACAAACACACACGCACACCAGUCCUCACAUAUUCUCAGAGACUCUUGCGACUUUGUCCGCACACACACUGAUUCUCUCACACACACACACACACACACACACACACACACACACACCUACACUCUUGAAGUCAGUGGCGUGCUGACAGGCCCGGUUGGGGGGUGGGGGGUAUUUCUUUUUUUCUUUCUUUUUCUUUCUUUCUCUUUAAUCUUUUUAUUUCCCGUUUGUUUCUUGUAAACUGAGGGACAUUGGGAACCGGGGUGGGGAGGGGUGUGGUACCAGCACCGCCCUUACUGCAGGCGCUAGCUCAUCUUUGCAUUUCAGGUCAUACAGCUGACGUUUACAGAGCACGCAGAUCCCACUGAAGUCUCCUUGGAUCUGAGGCAGCUACUUUGGAGUGAUGCCAGGACAAAAAAUUAACUAAAAGAAAAAAAUGUUUAAAGAAUAAAUUUAUUUUUGAGAAACCAUGUCAAUUGCUAUCCUUUCAAAUUGGGGAAAACAUCAUCAGCAAGUGGAGGGUUUUUGUGACUAACAUUUAGGGGACUUGAUUGGAUGUUUGCUGCUGCUCUGUGACGUCACCAGCCAUUUUAAAACCCAUUUUUUCUCUCCUCUGAUAUCACAAAGUUCCUGUGACAUCACGGCUGUCUUGCAUCUUAAGAUGCUGAUUCGUUAUUUGUAACUGCAACGACUCUGUUCCAAACCAAAUACUGAACCCACCCUCCCAGCUUUUCAUUUCAAGUGAUCAGAACAGAUUGUUACCUUGGAUAAGAAUUUUGUUUUCUUCCAAAUUUAAGUGGAAAUCCUGCGUAUUGGUCCAGCGUUUAGGAGCAGAAGUUGUCGAUGGUCUUAAUCAUGCAUCAAGCUAAGUUGAUUAAAUGUGUUCAGAAAGAUCGUCCCUUUGGAAAGUGAGUUUUAUCCUUUCCAUUGGCUCACAGGUUCAUAAUUUGGUUCAGUUUGAAUUCAGAAAGUGUUCACCUUUUGUUACAGGCGGAAGUAUUUGGUCUGGAAUGCAGCCACUGCAUCUCUGCUGGAACAGCUCAGUUUCUUUCAGCAUCAGAUCAAGUGUCCGUAUUCAGAUCAGGGUUUCAAACACCCUUACGUUUUUUUUUUCUCUCUUCUCUUCCUUCAACUUCAUGAUUUGGAGGAUGAGAGGUUUCUUUCCCCUUUGUUGUCUCCUCUGGGUAAUGUUGCCUUUAGUGUCCAUCAGUUGUUUGUAGGGGAAAAUGGUCUCAAGAAGAGUAUUAGAUAAAUGAAGCAUGUGGUGGACAGCAUUGGCUCCGUUCCUUUUUUUUUUCAGUUUGUUUUAUUUUGAGGAAGUUCUGCUUUCAAACUCAAAAUCUCUACAGUCUAUUUUUUUUUCCUGAAGCAUCCCUAGUUUUCAGAACAACCAUUAAGCUGUAUGCCAGUUGGAAAGCUGUGCGAGAAAACGCUCUUCACAAAAAUCCUACUUCUCAUCCGCUGUUAUCCUGAAGUGUUCUUUUUGUUUUGUUUUUUCCCCUGAACCGCAGCUAUUUUGGCUUAAAAUUGCAGAAGCAGUAUUGUCAAAACCUUCUGAUCUUUUGGUCAUUUGUGGCAUAAACAGCAGCAAUAUUGAAUUGGACUUUUCCUGGUGUGUGCACACUGAGCUUAAUAUCUGAUGAGUAGCACUUCUCUCCACCAUGGCUGCUUAUCUGGAUGUCAGUGUGCUCUCUGAACAGUUUCAGCAGAGACGGUGAAGGCUUGGGUUGAAAGAGGAACUUCCUCACACAGUGUUGGACCACAGCUGUUGAAUGGCACCCUGGAGAAGCCAAUAGGAAUGUCCGCCAGGUGGAUUGUACAACAUAAAAUCAUUUUUGGUGAUUUUGUUUGAGUUAGGUGACAGAAGCUGUUUUAAAAAGGAAAAAAAAGUUCAGAAGACACAGAGUAUGAAUUUCAAUACAAAUAAAAAUGAUGAAAAAAUCUAAAUAAAGAUGUUAAAGACAAAUGUAGUCUUGUCAGUGUUUCCCCAACCGCGCCCUUAUUUACGCUACAGGGUUUCAGUGGAGGUGGUUACAAGUGGAGGGUAAAUUCAGCUUGGCUGAACAAAGACCCAAACGGGCUUUAAGGCUUUUUGGUUGUCCUUAUAGGCUUCACUGCUUUAGAAGAUUUGUAAAUGUUGAAGUUGUUCCUGCUGUAGUUUUUUAUUAUUUU